AUGGUCAAUGCCACAGUGGAGGGCGGUUUUUACCUGAUGGGAUUUUCCCAAGUCCAAGGAAUAUUGAUCAUCCAUGCCAUGCUGUUUUUGGGGAUCUACCUGGCAGCUCUGAUGGGGAAUCUCCUCAUUAUCACCGUCACCACCUUGGAUCAUCAACUCCACACCCCCAUGUACUUCUUCCUCAGGAACCUGUCCUUCAUAGACCUCUGCCUCAUCUCUGUCACCAUCCCCAGAUCCAUCGUCAACUCCUUGGCAGGCAAUACCUCCAUCUCUUACCUUGCCUGUGUCUUCCAAGUCUUCUUCUUUCUGUUUUUUGCAUUCUCAGAGUUUGUCGCCCUCACGCUGAUGUCAUAUGACCGCUAUAUGGCCAUCUGUUGCCCCUUGCACUAUGAAACCACCAUAAAUGACAGAGUCUGUGCACAGAUGGUGGUGGCUUCCUGGCUCAGUGGAGGUCUGUUUGGAAUGGUCCAUACAACCUGCACUUUCUCCUUAACCUUCUGCGGCCCCAAGUUGGUCCAUCAGUUCUUCUGUGAUGUCCCCCCUUUGUUGAGUAUCUCAUGCGUGGGUGCCCAUGAUAGUGAAGAGGUGGUCAUUGGCAUCAGUGUUUGCCUGGGGGCUAUCUGUUUCCUUUCCAUCACCGUGUCGUACAUUCGCAUCUUCUCCACUGUCCUGAAGAUCCCCUCCACGGAGGGCCGUUCCAAAGCUUUCUCCACCUGCCUGCCCCACCUGGUGGUCGUCACUCUCUUCCUUUCCACUGGAACGUCUGCUUAUGUGAAGCCAACUUCGGAUAUCCCUUCAGUCCUAGAUUUACUGCUGUCGGUGUUGUACAGCGUGGUACCUUCAGUUCUGAACCCCAUCAUUUACAGCCUGCGGAACAAGGAGAUUCGAAUGGCCAUGAGAAAGAUGAUGAUGACAUAG